AUUUUUACAAAAACGCUCUAACAAAUUCAACACAGAGCCAUGUGCAAGUUUGCUCAUCCCCCAAUGCAAGCUUAAUGAGAAUAAGUAUUGGGGCCAAUCCAUGGUUGUCUGUGGAUCUCUACAACGAUCGACGUAUGAGGAAGGAUGAGUUGCCGUUUAGGAAAUGCCGCUAGUUGCUUAUUGCCAAGUUGGAAUGUAUCAGGUGUUUGGUUUCUUGUCCUUGCAGGCGUGUCAUUGGCAGCUGUACCAACAGUAUUGGGCCUUCCCUCCUUUCGGGAUGCCAUACCCAAUGGCUACCGCGUUCCUAACCCAGAACCCCAAGGAGGUGUGUGGGCAGGCGUGGGGCAUGCCAAUGCAGGAGGUGGAUCCUUCCCUCUGAAUCCAUUUGGAAGAGACUUUUUGGCGGCAGGAUCCACUUGGACUGCAGAGCUGUGCCAACAAGAUUCCGAUGGCGAUGGACGUUCCAAUGGACAAGAAUUGGGGGAUCCCAACUGUACAUGGCAACAAGCUGGUCAAGAAGAAGAGCCAGAAGGACCGGCUCUGUCUCAUCCUGGAUUGGCAGAUCAAGUUCAGGACGGUGGACUCUUGGAUUCCUGUGAUGACUACUAUGAACCUCCCAAUGAUGCCUUGGAACUGAGGAUUCAAUUUUCCUUGCCCAAUGUCUUGAAUGGCACCACCAAUAGAACCACGUACAUGUGCGAACAAGUGCAACUCAGUACUCCUCCCGUGGACGGAGUCCUGGAUUACAGUCUGAUUCGAUCCCAUGUCUUUGACAAUCAUCCCAAUUUGCUGCAUCAUCUCGUACUCUACGAGUGCGACAACAGUGGCGUUAGCUCGGAUGGCAACAAGGUGGGAGAUGGCCCCUAUGUGUGUUCCGGUAUGGAAAGUCGAUGUUCCAUUUUGACCGGAUGGGCCCUGGGACGACUACCCACGUGUGAACCACCCAAUGUCGGCCUGGCAUUCAACUACUAUACCACAACAACAACAACAACAACAGACGGCACUAAUACUAAUAAAAAGGUGCUCAAGUUGGAGGCUCACUACGACAAUGCCUUGCGUCUUUCCAAUGCCAUGGAUCAAUCUGGAAUGACACUCACCGUGACGCCCACACUACGGACUCACGAGAGUGGACUGGUCCGGUUUGGAUUGGGAUUGCCCGAUGCCAACUUUGACUUGCCACCUGCAGAAUCAUCCUCCGAACUCGUGUCGGUGGAGGGAACCUGUCCUGGACAAGUCACUAUGCAAUUGCCGCAUCCCAUUUUUGCCUACGCGUGGUUCCCUCAUAUGCAUUACAUUGGACAAUCCAUGAUUACCGAACAUUAUCGAUGCGGGGUGAAGAUUGGAACCCUGGGCAAUAUCCAACGCUACGAAUUCGACAAUCAACAGUUGUACUCCUUCCCGGAGGUCAUCAAAAUAUUGCCCGGAGAUGUGCUCCACACAACCUGUUCCUACAAUACUUCCUCGACGACAACUACUACGAAAGGAGGGACAGAAACCAGUGAUGAAAUGUGUUACAACUUUAUUUAUUACUACCCCAAUUUACGAAACAGUUUGUCGGGCGUGGAAAACUUUUUUGCCACCUGCUUUGCCUUUGACCGUGGUAUCCGCGAGAACUGGUUGCCCUUGAUGUUUGGUGCCAUUCCCAACCACACCACACGAUUUGCUACUAUGAAUGAUGGCAUUGGAGGCUGGGCCGUUGAAUUGAACUAUACAUCGGAUCCCACCGUGGUGGUCAAUCCUUGUUGCGGUGACAACAAUGAUGAUUGCGAACAACUCUACUUGUCCAGUGACGGUGGUCCCUGUGCCGUGAACGACGACUGCACUAGUGGUUUGAUCUGUCAUCAAGCCGUGUGUGUAUCGGAGGACCAACCUUUGGAGAGCGCACCUUCGGAGAGUGACUCGUCUGCGGCAUCACCACGACCAGCUCGUACUUUCCAGCAGUGGGCAAUGUCGUCGUCCAUGGGAUUGGUUCUUUUGCUGCUGCGGCCAUGGCUGCUACUAUAGACUUGA